AAGGCGCCGGCACCACCACCGCCGCCGCCGUCCUCGGCCCGGGAGGUGGGCGUCAUCGGGCCGCCCAUCGGACCGCCGGGGGGGCUCACCAGCCGCAUGGAGAUCAUCUUGAAGAGCGGCGAGGAGAAGGAAGAGGAGGAGGAGGACCACGACGCGAGCUCGGGCCUAGGCGACCCCACCGUGUCCAACAGCAGCAACGCCUCUCUGAGCCGGCCCGAGAGCGUGCGGACGGCGAGCCCCGGCGCCCGCAGCAGUGUGGUGGCGCUGGGCCAGGAGGCGGGCUGGGUGCGCGUGCUGACGGGGCGGCCGGGGGAGCGCGCCGAGCGCGGCGCCCUCGUGUACCUCACGCCCGCGACGGCCGUCCGGGACGUGAGCCGCGACCUGCUGCUGCCGCCGCACCUCACGCUGUGGGUGCAGCACGGCCGCGGCGCGCCCAGCCACCGGCUGCGCGCCGACGACAAGCCGCUCGUCAUCCAGGACCGCUUCCUGCAGCGGCUCGGCUUCUCGGACCGCAGCCGGCGCGCCCGCCUCGGCAUCGACCCCGAGCUCAGGCACCUCAUCCGCUUCCACGUGGGAAGUACACCGCCUUUGGCCGAGGUGGCGGGCGCCACGCGCAGCGGCUCCCUGAUGCUUCUCAAGGGCCUCGUCUUCCCGCACUGGAAGCGGCGGCCGGCGCUGCUGCUCGGCGACCGCCUCUUCCUCUACCCCGCCCCCGGGUCGCUGACGGCCGCCCCCGAGGAGCUCCGCGUCGAGUCCGUGUCCUCGCGGUCGCCGCGCGGCGGUCGGCUCGUGCUGCGCGUCGCGGCCCAGCCCAACGGCCCGCGCAGGCACGUCUUCCUGGGCUUCGGCAGCUGCUGGGAGCGCGACCAGUGGGCCGAGUGGCUACAAGAGGUGAGUUCAAAUCGGAUACUUGUACCUGAAAAUUUGGAAACUUAUUUUCCGAAUAAAUUGGGAACACUCAGAAAAAAUUUAAACAAGAGAGACGUAGAUCAUAAAAUUAAUUUUGUGCUAAGGCUAAGGCCUUUAAUGUUGUUGUGUCAUUCGAAAAGUGCGUGCGUCAUCAUGACUAGAGUUGACAAGCUGGGAGGCCUCUCCCGUUACGAAAGUGCCUAGUUAAACUAAUUCAAUGCCCCAUGGCGCCUGUCAAAUAGGCAACGUCUUCCGUGUGGUGCAUGCGUGUACGUCGGGGCGGCCUACCUCGAGUCUCGCAGGCGCCGAGCUCUCGUAAUUAGCCGAACGUUCUAAGAAACUGAUGUACCGUCGAGACGCGACCUCCAAGAAGAGCAGGAAAAUUGCCAGUGCAGUGGUAGACUCAUUUCAAAAUAAUAAUCGUAGCCGAAAGAAUUAGGAAAUUAAAAUGAAUACAAUCGAAGAGUUCCCAAAAAAUGCUUCCCUAAAAAAUUGAUAUCCUUAAUACUAGUUCCACAAAACAGAGCGCCUCCGUCCCUGGUGGCCGGCGCCGCGGCACAGGCAGUAGGCAGCCCAACGGGCGUCGCGGUGCCUUCGCGCUCUGCAGCGCCGCGCGGCAGGCAACCCAACGUUGCCGCCCCCACCAGCACCCUCCCACGCACUCCCUCCGCCGCGAGGCAGGCGACCCUUCCUGCCGCCGCCCACGCUGCACUGCACUGGGCGCCGUGAGGGGUAGGCCACACCCGCGGCGGCGGCAACG